UCCCACUUUCGAUUUUAUCUGUUUACAUAUGUUUUCACGAGAAUCAGCGCUCGAGUUUAAUCGAUAGGUGCAAAAAUAAGCAUAUCGGGAGGUUUUGCGGUGGUUACAUAUUGCACAGCGUGAACUUUGUUAGACAGGACCACCCAAUUAUCAGAUGGAUGUCGCUAAAUCUCUUUUUGGAUCUCGCGACCACGAAGGGUAUGUUGGCAAAGAGGAACAUAUGAAAAAGCUAGAGUCGGCCAACUCCGAAGACGAUGGCGAGCUGGUUGACAUGGCGGAAGGCUUGCACAUUUCGGAAGCUUUGCGGCCAACAGCGGGCGGACCAUUCUCCGCGAUGACACCCUCGAUGUGGCCCCAGGACAUACUGACCAAGCUUGGGCAGCCGGAACGUGAUGAGCCACCCAAUCAUCAGCCGGAUUAUCGAUUCGAUGAGUUUGGCUUUCGGGUAGAGGAAGAAGAUGGUCCCGAGCAGAGUUCCAACAAGCUGUUGAGCAUUCCUUUCAUGGAGGAUCCAGCCCAGAGACUGCAGUGGGUCGCACACUUGGAAUUCUCGCAUAAUAAGGAAGCCACCGAGCUGACGUGGGAGAGUGUCGAUGUGGUUUUGCCACGAACGGAAAAACUGCGAAACAUGGUUCGCGCGGGAAUUCCCCAUUCGCUCCGUCCCCAGAUGUGGAUGCGCCUGUCGGGGGCGCUCCAGAAGAAACUUAAAUCGGAGACGUCGUACCAGGAUAUUGUGAAGGUUUCGUCGAACGAUGCUCUGAUGACCUCCAAGCAAAUAGAGAAAGAUUUGCUCAGAAUCAUGCCGACAAAUGCUUGUUUUAGCUCGCUAAACAGCACGGGAGUGCCCAGGUUGCGUCGGAUCCUGCGUGGUAUAGCCUGGCUCUACCCGGACAUUGGGUAUUGCCAGGGAACGGGUGUCAUAGCCGCUUCGCUGCUGUUACUGCUUGAGGAAGAGGAUGCCUUCUGGAUGAUGGCUACCAUCGUGGAGGAUUUGCUUCCGGCAUCAUAUUUUUCGUCAACACUGCUGGGCAUUCAGGCCGACCAGCGGGUGAUGCAAACGCUGAUCGGAAAUUAUCUAACCGUGGUGGAUGAAACACUUAAAAGUCACGACAUUGAACUCUCGCUCAUCACGCUCCACUGGUUUUUGACCUUGUUUGCUAGUGUGGUGCACAUGAAGAUUUUGCUAAGGAUCUGGGAUUGGUUCUUUUACGACGGAUCAAUCGUGUUGUUUCAGCUAACCCUGGGGCUGCUCAAAAUUAAAGAACCCUCUCUACAGAAUCUCGAAAACUCUGCUCAAAUUUUCAACUCGCUUUCGGAUAUUCCCGGAGACAUCGACGAUGUGGAGUAUCUGUUCUCCAUGUCGAUGGACGUGGGUGGAUCGUUAUCCCCCAUGGUCAUUGAGACGCACCGCCGGCGACAUUUGGCAUACCUUAUGGCGGACCAGGGCGGUUUGGUGGGCAACCCAGAGGCGACAUCGAACCUGCCCAAGCAACAUUUGGCCCGGCGACAGGUUAAGAAAUCGAAAUCGAUGCUCCAAAUGAUCCUGUUCGGUGGCGAUGAAGGAGACGAUGAGUUGAAGAAUAAAAACAUUAGGCAGACUGAAAUUUUGGUGGAUCUGCGGGAAGCCAUCCUGAAGGUGGCGAGACACUUUUUGGCGAUCGAACCGAAGCUCGGGGCUCACAUUAAAUUGGUGGCGGAUUACGGCAUGGAUAGUCACGCGAAGGAUCACGAUAACUAUAUCAACGUGUCGCGAACGAGAAGCCGGAGAGCAAAGGCAUUGCACGACUUCGAACGGCAUGACGACGAUGAGCUGGGCUUCAGGAAGAACGACAUCAUAACGAUUAUCAGUCAGAAGGAUGAGCACUGCUGGGUGGGUGAACUGAACGGGUUGCGCGGGUGGUUUCCGGCUAAGUUUGUGGAAUUGCUGGACGAGAGAAGCAAACAGUAUAGCUGCGCUGGAGAUGACGCUAUCUCGGAGACGGUUACGGAUUUGGUACGCGGAACGUUGGCACCAACUGUCAAACAGGUGCUUGAGCAUGGCAUGAAGCGCCCAUCAUUCCUGGGGGGACCAUGCCACCCGUGGCUUUUCAUCGAGGAAGCUGCAACGCGCGAGGUAGAAAAGGACUUCGAAUCCGUCUACUCGCGGUUGGUGCUCUGCAAAACAUAUCGACUAGAUGAAGACGGAAAGGUGCUUACGCCGGAAGAGCUUUUAUAUCGCUGCGUUCAAGCGGUCAACCAAAGCCACGAUGCGGCCCAUGCCCAAAUGGAUGUGAAACUGCGCUCACUGAUCUGUUUGGGACUCAACGAACAGGUGUUGCAUCUGUGGAUGGAAGUGCUAUGCAGCUGUACCGAGAUUGUGCAGAAGUGGUACCAGCCCUGGAGUUUCGUGUACUCGCCUGGCUGGGUGCAAAUCAAGUGCGAGCUGCGACUGCUAUCGCAGUUUGCCUUUAAUCUUAACCCCGACUGGGAACUGCCGGCAAAGCGGGAAGCGAUCCAAAGUCAACCACUGAAAGAUGGCGUCCGGGAUAUGCUAGUGAAGCAUCAUCUUUUCUCGUGGGAUUUGUAGGGCGGAGUGUAGAUAGGAAAUAUUAUUUUCGGAAGAAAUCAAACAUUUUAUUUAUUCGAUAGAGCACGUUGUUUUGUUGUUCUAAUAUUUUUUUUUGUAAUUCUGUACAAACCACAGCAGAUGAAGACGAGUAAUUUUAUGUCAAGCACCUUAAUGUUUAUUGAAAUUGCACAGCAAGAGUCUCUGUGUUUAUAUUUAUGUAAAUCUCCUCAAAUGUUGGCCAUUCUCGCACGUGCCGCUAACAGUAUUAAUUGUAACUGAAAAGUUUCUUUGACUUAGUUGUCUCCAAGACCGAGUACCACGUAAAAUUACAUUUAUUUCAAAUUUAGUGUUGAUUAAUAUUCUUUCGAAUUCUAUGACUAGAUGGAUUACUGACCCUACUGUAUUUUAUUAUACUCAGACAUUGUGCUUGCUAGAAAAUGUUCAAAUAUUCUAAUAAAUGUGCAAAACGAAACCCAAAUGCAAGAA